GCUUGCUUCAGUCCCUGCAGACAUCUGUGAAGAUUAAACCAAGACUCUUUCUCUACUAUUACUUCUGUAGCUAUCUCCCUCCCUGCCUGGAACUCUCUCCCCCCACCAGUCACUACCACUCAAAUCUCAAAAGCCGGGAGGAUAUUACAUUGAGGCUGAUCCAUUUGUUUGCCUGCAGCUAAGUGCAGUUCAGGAAGACACAGCCAGCACAAGGGAUGUUUCUAGACAAAUGUGAAGAUUUGUGUGACUUGAGGGAAGACGGCAGCACCCCAACACCUGGCACUCCAGAAGGGGAGGAUAAUGAGCUACCUAAAAAGAAACACCGCAGGAACCGAACAACUUUCACAACCUAUCAGCUUCAUGAAUUAGAGCGUGCCUUUGAGCGCUCACACUAUCCUGAUGUGUACAGUCGAGAGGAGCUGGCUAUGAAGGUUAGCCUGCCAGAAGUUAGAGUCCAGGUUUGGUUCCAGAACAGGCGAGCAAAAUGGAGGCGGCAAGAGAAACUGGAGACUUCCUCUAGCAAGCUACAUGAUUCCCCACUAUUAUCAUUCUCACGAUCCCCAAUGGCUACAGGUGUGGGGCCUUUGAGCAACACUUUACCACUGGAACCAUGGCUCACCUCACCAAUCCCAGGGACUACUACUGUUCACAGUAUGCCAGCUUUCAUGGCUCCAUCCCAGGCCCUUCAGCCCACUUACCAAAGUCACACAUUUUUGAACAGUGGCCCUCCAAUGACCCCUAUCCAACCUCUCAGCGGUGCUCCUUAUCAGUGCAUGGGGGGAUUCAUGGACAAAUUUCCCUUAGAGGAAAUGGACCAAAGAAGUUCAAGCAUUGCUGCACUGAGAAUGAAGGCAAAGGAGCACAUCCAGACCAUAGAUAAGACAUGGCAGCCUAUCUGAUCAAAACACCCGUUACACUUUUUGACUUUAAGCCUGGCAAUUCUUAGACCUGGAUUUAUUCAAGCCAAAGAAGUCACAUGGAAUAUGCUAUAGAACUUAAAUAAAGGGACCUGUUUACUUGUAGGUGGGACAAAUGUGACUAAUACAUUGUUGUAAGGAUGAUUAUUGAAAACAGACUUGCGUAUUAGAAGCUGAUGUCUCUGUGUUAGUUUUAUUUCAUUGGGUCUGGUGUUGGCCAGUCAGUACUCCAUUUAACGAGAAAAUAAAUAAAAACACAGCAGAAGAU